AUGGCUUACAGAAAGAAUGUUCUCAUCAUAGCUCAGGGAGUGCGAACAUUUGAGGUCGAUGUUGUCGAUGAGCGCUCCAUUCGCCAGGCGGCGGAGGAUUUUGGCGAGGGACCAUUAGAUCUCCUCGUCAAUGUUGCGGGGGUGUAUCAUCUCUGGGACGAUAAGCGAUUCACAGACCAGUCAGCAGAAGAUCUCAUGAACCAUUUCCAAGUGAAUGUGGUAGGUCCGUUUCUAGCCUCCAAGGCGUUUCUGCCAGCAUUGGAACGUGCAGAGCUCCCCAAGAUUAUCAACGUCUCCUCAGACAUGGCCAGUAUUGCAGAUAAUGUUGGUGGGAACGCAUGCUACCGCAUCUCCAAAGCAGGGGUCAACCAAUUGACCAAGACAAUGGCUGUCGAUUUGACCCAGGCAAACUCGAAAGUCUUGGCUUUAGCUGUGCACCCAGGAUACGUCCCGACUAAGAUGACAGGGUUCUACGGUGAGGAUGAGAUGGAGACCUGCAUGGACUCCUUCGUAGCAGUCAUUGAGAGGUUUGGGACAGCUGAUGGCGACGACCUCCAGCACGGUGGCUAUUACAGGUGGAACGGCGAGAAAAUGGAGUAUUAA